UGCUUCUGCUCUAUAGAACUGUGAGCAAGAGCAAGCCACGUCAGUUGUAGUGCCAUGGCUGAAGCAGCGCCCCACUUCGUGCUCGUGCCGAUGCUGGCGCAGGGCCACUUGCUCCCCAUGCUGGACCUGGCGCGCGUCCUCGCCAGCCACGGCGCCCGUGCCACGGUGGUGCUGACGCCCGUCAACGCCGCGCGCAACAGGGACUUCCUGGAGCAGGCCGCGGGGGCGGGGCUCACCAUCAACUUCGCCGAGCUCGCGUUCCCGGGGCCAGCGCUCGGCCUCGCCGCGGGCUGCAAGAGGGUCGACAUGCUGCAAGACCUCUCCCUCAUCGUCCCGUUCUACGAUGCCGUGUGGCUGCUCGCCGAGCCGCUCGAGGCGUACCUCCUCUCGCUGCCCCGGAUGCCGGACUGCCUCGUCUCCGACUCGUUCAUGGCGUGGACUGCCAGCGUCGCGCGGCGGCACGGCAUCCUUCGGUUCGUGGUCCACUUCUCGCCCGCGUCCUACGUCCUCGCCGCGCACAUCCUCGAAACGCGCGGCGUCUACGACCGCGCCGCCGACGACUUCGAACCGUUCGAGGUGCCGGAGUUCCCCGUACGCGCCGUGGUGAACAGGGCUACGGCGCAAGGGGUCUUCCAGUGGCCUGCAGGCAUGGAGAGGUUCCGGCGCGACACGCUCGAUGCCGAGGCCACCGCCGACGGGAUACUGUUCAACACGUGUGCUGCCCUGGAGGGCGCGUUCGUGGAGCGCUUCGCUUCGGAGGUCGGCAAGAAGAUUUGGGCGGUCGGACCGCUGUUCCUCCUCGGUUCCGGUUCCGACGCCGGCGGGAUGGCCGGGAGAGGCAACCGCGCGGCGGUGGACGCCGACCAAAUCGUGUCCUGGCUUGACGCGCGUCCGGCGGCGUCCGUGCUCUACAUCAGCUUCGGCAGCAUCGGCCGUCUGUUCCCGGCUCAGGCCGCCGAGCUCGCCGCCGGACUGGAGGCGUCGCGCCUGCCGUUCAUCUGGUCGGCCAAGGAGACGGCGCCCGGCCUCGACGCGGAGUUCGAGGAGCGCGUGAAGGACCGGGGCCUCGUCGUUCACGGGUGGGCGCCGCAGAUGACCAUCCUGUCGCACCCUGCCGUGGGCGGCUUCCUGACGCACUGCGGCUGGAACUCCAUCCUGGAGAGCCUCUGCUACGGCGUGCCGCUCAUGACCUGGCCGCUGUUCGUCGACCAGUUCCUGAACGAGGCGUUGGUCGUGGACGUGCUCGGCGCCGGCGUCCGCUCCGGCGCCAAGGUGCCGGUGACGCACGUGACGGUCGUGAAGCCAGGGGAGGUGCUGGAAGUGCAGGUCUGGAGGGACGGCGUCGAGAGGGCGGUCACCGACCUCAUGGACGAGGGCCCCGCGGGCGCGGCGAGGCGGGCGAGGGCCAAGGAGCUCGGGCAACAGAUGAGGGCCGCAAUGGCGAAGGGUGGGUCGUCGGACACCGAUGUGAGGGACUUGGUUCGCCACGUCGUUGAGGUCGCGCGGAAAAAGGGGGAGCACGAGGACACGGCUCUUGCUGGAGGUGACCACGUGAUCACGAGCAAGGAAAAGGCAAUGAACGGCACCGGUGGAAAACACUACUGAUGAAAUUCGUGUGGUACGGUCGUUUUAGCUGAAAGAAUCUCUCGAGUUAAGCUAGCUACUAGCCACGCAACCCAACUUGCAUGUACCAGCAGCAAUGACAUAUUAUGCUAUCGUGUUUUUUGUGCGACAA